CGCAUCAUGUCAUGAGAUGAUCGGAAAUUACCCCUGCCUGAAAUUCUUACCGUGGCCAGAAGUUGGCGCAGGAGCAAUGUGCAGUUGCCUUCGAUCCUGACAUUCAGCACAAGUCCGCAAUCCAUGCCCGAUACUACAAGCAUGUGUCUUCACCUGGCAGGUGCAUUUCGAUUGAAACACCGGACGGCCUAAUAUUAUAUCUUGAUUCAUCACUUCCGAUGCUGAAGAAGCAUCAGAUUUGCUACAAUUCAUUUCUAAUGUCUAUCUGGAGGAACUGGGUGUUGCCAUGGGGCGGUGUGUUGCAGACUUUGAUCUGCGGAAUGUGCAUACGUGUGGCAGGUUCGAAGAGUGCGGUCACUUUCAUUCUUCUCUGAUCUUCAAUGGUGGCUAUUAGCGGAUUGUGCAAAUUUGUACAUUGUUGGGCGUUUAUCGUUACCAAGGUCUUUGGCGUGCAAUAGCGUGUUUGUCUGUAUUACAUGGUGUUGAUCGAAAGAGUCGCAUUCACCAGCACGGAAAUCUUAAAGAACAUGAGGCUUUUCUGUCGCUGGGUAGUUUUGAAGAGAAAGAAAGAAUUGCCUUACAUUGGAUCCAUAACGAUUUACUGGGUUUUCACUGGGGUGAGCGUAAUCUCAAUUUCGAGGAGAGUGCAUUUCCUAACAACUAUCCGCAACUACAAUUACAAGGUGGCCGAUUCUGGUACUAGUUUGAUCGCAAAUACUUACUUGGACUUCGAGAUCUUCUCCUUCUGUCGCACCUUUUGAAAGACUUUGCACGAAUGCCGGAGCGGUGAAGUGCUAUUUAUUUGUUUCGUGAAGUCAAAGACGUUCCGAAGUCUCAGCCGCAAGGUAUUUAGAGCCACCACUUGUUACCCUAAUACUUUGCGAAGUUUAUGGCGGUAUUUGGGCUUGAGGAUUUUCUGUGGCGAGCAGAAGAGUGGUUUCUUUAUACCCUUGUUGUUGCCCCGCUGCUGUUGUGCCCACCCAUCCACCCCCCCCCGCAGCAGGACGGGCGACGACAUAACAUUCACAUGGUAAUGCGGUGCGGAUCUCAGUGGGAUCUAUGUCGAAGCCUCAAUGGCUGUGAUAUUGACGACAGAACAUUCUGUCAAUUGGUCGUCUGAACAACCUGUCUACACGAUUAAGUCAGAUUCUUAUUAUUCCAACCAAGCCACAGUCGCUGGGUUUAGGGUUCUGCAAUGCACCCCACUCGCUGUAAAACAUUGGGCAGAGACUGUAGCAGUUGUUUGGAUCAACCUCAAACUGGUUGGUCCCGGAGUUGAUGAAUGCUACUCGUGGAAUUGCGCUCUUAUUGCUCGUCACGGUUCUUCAGUGGAUUGCAGGAAUGCGGUAGUUCAAGCUCAACGGCAUCCAACGGCAUGUUUUCAUAUCAGAACACGGUUUCUGCUACUCGUCACUCGCUACUUCAAUUGUCGCUCACAACUGAUAUGAACUGAACUUUCGGUGUCAAGUGAUGAGUUGUAGAAUCACUUGGUUUUGUUGGUAUUUGGUGAUUUAUCUUGGUUCGCAUGAGAUAUUGAAUCGUCAUGUCCAAUUCGAGAUCACUUCUUGUUGGUUUGUUCAUGAUUUGGUCGCACACUGUUGCUGGAAGUAGAGGUCUGGGACUACUGCUUCUGUUCAGAUCGUGCGGAUCGUGCAGCUCAUGUCUGCGAUGGUUCACCUUGUUUGCAAUUUAAAAGGACAACUUCCCCACUUCAGACUCU